AUCUCUAUGAAUGACACCACUAUUCAUAUUAAAUUAGAUAUCCACAUAUGUUUGUGUUUUAACGAUGAGUAGUAGAUUAUUCAUUCUCACUUUUGUCACAAAAAUGUAUUUGUUAUUGAGAAAAUAGAUAAAUUUUUUUUUUCAUCAAUUUAGUUUGUUGUUGUAUGAUUGAAAGUCUUAAGUGAAUCUGGAACAUCAAUCACAUUAUUUUAGAUCUAUUACUGUUGCAUAUUUGAAAGAGAAAACAUUGGCACAAAGACAUUAUACACUACUAACUAAUAAAACCGUGAGAAAACCUUAGCAAACAGCUGAAGAUAUUUUAAUAACACUUAAUGAUAGGAAAAACGUGGUAGCUGCUGUAAAUAUAAUAAAUACACAAACAUUAUUUGUUCGUGUAUUGUUUUAGGACAAAUAGUUAGACGGAUCCCGUUCAAAUCUAAAAUACGAAAAUAAAAAUGUUUUCUAUUUAGUUUUUAGCAUAUCUAAUUUAUCCUUAUAGUAUUAACUGAAAAUUAGAACGAAUUGUUAACAGGUUAUUUUCUUCUUCUUGUUCCAAAAAUUAAAUACAUUGCCACAUCUAUCUAUAUCACAACUAGUGCGAAUAAUCUAUUUUAUUUUCUCCUUCUUUUGUUGUUGUUUUAUCUCUCGGGGUUUUGUAAUUUUCUCUAGUUUUCUUUUUUCUUCUUUAUAUACACACAUUACAUACAUAAGUUGUUGAUAAUUAAUUAAUCGCAAUAGGUCGACUAUAUAGCAAUGGUACAAAAAUGUCAAACAAUAGCUUCUUCUUUUUUUUAUUUUAUUUCUACACUGCAUGUAUAACUGUAGUCAUCAAUCAUCGUUCAAGGAAUAUAUGUACACCACAUAUUCAUCUAUCAUUAAAUGGAAAAAAAAAAUCUAUCGUCAAUAAGAUUUAUGUAAGGAAGUAGUAUUCAUUCAAUCAUUCAACUAUCACUUCCAGCUGAUUAGUUUCUAUUGUACUUUUUAAUAAAAGCUAAAAAAAGGAGAUCUCAUACAUGUUUUUACUCAAAAUAUGUAUGUUCUAUCAACAAGACAAAAUUUUGAGAAAAAGAUUUAAUAUUUUCUACUAACUUAUUCAUAUAUUUUUUUUUUCUUUUCUUGUUUGAUAUUUCGAAGAUUAGUAUGAUUUUAUGGUUGUAUUGAAACGUCAAAUGAUUAUUAAUCUGAAUAGAUCAACAGUUUAUACCAAUAAUGGAGAUAAAUACAAUGAAUCAACUGAAUUUAUUAUUGAAGAUAUACGUGAACAUUCCGCAAUUCAAACAAGUAUUAUUAUAACAAUAAUUAUUCUUUCAUUGCUGAGUAUUAGCGGAUGGAUAUUUAUGUCUUAUGCUUUAUUUGGUCGUUCCGAAGCUUAUAGAAGUAAACCGGAUAAUUAUCCAAUGGGUGAUACAAAUCAAGGAGACACGAUGGAAACUAAUGAUUAUUUUCAAGAUUUUGAAUAA